AUGCGCCUUCCCGCUGGCGAGAUGCAGGGUCAUUGCACCCUGCGGCAGGCACGACGAGCAGUCAACGACACCGAAGAGAAAGAGCGACCAACACAGGCAAAACAGCGCCAAAUACAGAAGGUACCUCCAGUGGCGCAUCCGCCAUACACAGGCUGCGACGUAAAAGUGGGCGGUCGCCUUCGUGUUCUUAUGUUUGCUGGCCAAAAGGACACGGUCGGAAACGAAUGCAGAUUGGUAUUGGCCCCCCUGCACCCACACGACGUUGCGCGGUGA